AGAACUAAAAUGAAGUCCGCGAUUGCUUGCCUUUUGGUGUUGGCUGUUGCCGCACAAGCCCAGUGGGCCAACUACGGAUACGGUCUCGGUGGAUAUGGUGGAUAUUACGGCGGAUACUACCCGUUCACGGGUGUUCGCACUGCUGCCGUCCCUGCUACCGUCCCUGCUUCCUAUCCCGUCCGUGCCGCAUACCUGGCUUACGGCUACCCAUCUUACUCGGCCAGCCAGUACCACUCUCAAGAUGAGCUCGGUCAGGCCAGCUUCGGCUAUGCUCACCCCGGACAGGCCGCCACUAACCUCCGCGAUGCUUUCGGCAACCAGAUCGGCUCUUACGCUUACAUCAACCCGGAGGGCAAGGAAGUCCGUGUUUCUUACACCGCCGACUCUCGUGGCUUCCGCGUCCUCUCUAACGACCUACCCGUUGCCCCAGUUGCCAACUUGGUAGCCCCCGUUCAGGUCCAGGACACUCCCGAAGUAGCUGCCGCCAAGGCGGAAUUCGCCAUCAAGUACGCUGAGGCUAAGGCCGCCGCUACCCCAGCUGCUCCAAUCCGCGCUAAACGCCAGAUCAUGAGCUACGGUGCCGCUCCGUUCGCUUACAACUACGGUUACGCCGCUGCCCCCUUCGCUUACAACUUCGCUGCUCCCGCUGCCGUGGCUGCUCCAGCUGUGCCCGUUCGUGAGGCCACUCUGACCAAGACUAUCCUAACUCCCGGACACGCUGUUGCUUACCGCGUCGACUAAAGUCAUUCCCA